CACUUUUACACUCUUUAGACCUAUAAAUAAAUAGAAAUCGUAAUUUUCUUACUUUGGUUUAACUUGUGCUCAGUCCACCUGCGUCUGGGGUAAAAAGCCAAACUUUAAAAAUUGUCUUUAGCCUUUUUAAAAAUCCCAACAGUAGGAAGUUGAGGCCCUCAGAGAAGGAAACAGUUCUGGACCCGGUUCUGCAGUGCCUCCAACCCGUCGCUUGGGGGCGGCGCCUUUCCUCUCGCGUCGCUCUUUAUUCUCAUUGGUCGCUCAGAAACCAGCCUGUCUCGUCAAAACAAGAAAUACGGUGAGGGUUAAAGUGAGAAAUAAGAAUCCCCCAGCAAACGACGUGCAGGGAUAAAGAGUUGUUUUGGUUAGUAUUUGCAGAGGAGUCAUCAACAGGUUCCGCGGUCGCUCCGCAGCAUCGUCGUCAGCAGGAUGACCCACAAACACUUGUUGUGCUUCUUGCUGCUCUCCCUGCCGCUGUGCUGGGCUGAGGACAAGAAGAUCGACGCCGGGAAGAAGACAGAGAACGACACCGUUUGGAGCUCUGUGAAGACCAGACGAUUGUUUGCAAGGCAGAAGAUUUCUCCGCUACAACAAAGUCCCAUCAUUAAGCACAGGUCAAACAUCAUGACUCCUGCACGCCGCUGUGGCCGCCUGAUGGAAAGCUGCUCCUCUCACACACCGUGCUGCGAUCCUUGCGCCUCCUGCCGCUGUCGACUUUUCAACACCAUCUGUCACUGCUGGAGGAUGAACCCCCUGUGCUUGAAGAGGACCUAGGUGGAGCUCCAACCGACUGACAGAUGUUGAACACGUACAUAUUUUGUACAAAAUUGGGAAAAAAAUACUAAAAACUUGCACAUAUAAAGACUAGACAACGAGCAAUGUUUAAUGUUUGAAUCUAAAAAUUGUGACUAUUUUUAUUUGUGUUUCAACAGGACUGUUUUAAAAUGUAAAAAUAUUAUAGAUAAGCUUUAAUUUAUUACAAUCAGAACUUCACAGUUAUUAGGAUCUCUUCUGUUUUUUCUUUUAAUUAUCACUUUUUUUUAAGCAAAAUUGAGGAUAAGACACAAGACAACAAUUAUAGAGGUUCUUGAAAUGGUUGUUGCUCAAUAAAUAGCCACCCAAAUGUUUUUUUCAGCAAAACAAUGAAAAGAAAAUGCUCACAUUAGGUCAUGUGAGGAAACUCAGCAGUAUCCCACUGCUGAAGCUGCUCAGUGGAUUGAAAUAAAAGGAAAUUCCUCUGAGCUGAUUCGGAGAACAGAUCUUUAGUUUCCAAAAAGACGUAGCUUUGGGCAUGCACUAAAGCAGACUGUAGUUCCAUUGCUAUUAAAAUGAAUACUUAUUAUAGAAGAUUGUCUUGUGUUUUUGGUUCUUUUGUGGAAAAACUCCCUAUUAAUGUGCACAGUCAAGUGAGCUGCAGAGAAGCUUUCUGAAUGACAAUAAAAAGAGAUGCAAUGUAUGAAAGUGGUUUGGGAAACACUCAAAGCUGCAUCAUAUUGCCUACAGUUAUAAUAUACAAGGGAUCUGGUUUUCUGUUUGUGCAGUAUUAACGCUAACUCUUCUCUUACAAUUUUGCUGCUGUUUCUAUUUUCAACCCAUUUUUCUCAACUUUUUUCUUGUUCCUUUACAAUCUACUUUUGUGUACUUUAUUUUUUAUUGUUGGUAAUUAUCAGUAUGCAUUUUUAAGUUAAAAUUCCUUUUCAAUUUUUGCUAUCUUAAUAAAGACAUUUGUAAACCUUU